AUGGAAGACCAACGACCGACAGUUGUAACCGUCUCCAUCGUCUUUUUUGUUGUCGCCACCGUCUUUGUUGCCUUGCGCUUCGUGUCUCGCCUUUUUAUAGUUCGCAAAAUUGCCCUGCAUGACUAUUUUAUGCUCUUGGCCUGGUUCCUUGAUUUCGGCUUCUCCUUCUCCCUCUUCUACGCUACCCACCAAGGUCUCGGUCUUCACGAUGUCAAUAUUCGCCCCGAGCAACGGCCUGGCCUCAACCGCGCCGAUUACGCCUUUACCGUCCUUUACAACCCGACGUUGAUGGCCAUCAAAACCUCCAUCCUGGUCUUUUACCUGACCCUUACACAAGGCGAAAAGAUAUUCCGCUGGGCCACCUACGUCACCCUCUUCGUCGUCAAUGCCGCUGGCCUGGCCCUCACCCUGGUCAACGUCUUCCAGUGCCGUCCAGUCAGUGCUGCUGUCGCAUAUCCCUUGCCCGACGGCGCCAAGUGCAUCGACAUCCUCACCCUCUAUCUAUCCUCCUCCCCCGUCAACAUCAUUACCGACCUGGCCAUCCUCUGUUUACCGAACCCCAUCCUCACGCGCAUGCGCCUGCCGCGCAAGCAGAAAAUCAUCAUCGUCAUCACCUUCAGUUUUGGGUUCUUCGUCGCCGUUGUUGAUGUCAUUCGCAUCGCCUACAUUCAAGAUGCUGCGACCUCCCGUCAGAUUGCUCUCAAGGAAGUUCACUUGCAGGGUACCCCCGGCGACGAUUUGAGCUGGUACGCGGCAUUCUCCUUCAUGUGGUCCGUCAUCGAAGUCAAUGUUUCCAUUAUAUGCGCCUGCGUUCCCAGCCUCAAGCCGCUCGUCGCCCGGUUGCUUCCCAAGCUCAUUCGCGACACUGACGAGAGUUAUCAAGCCUCUUCGCCGGGCACCCAACCGCUACAGCCGCUGGCGCCCAUUGCAGUCGGGGACUCUGUGCCCCGACCUGCCCCGCCCAAUGGAACCCCAAAUCCUAAACCCACCCAGUCGGAGAGUCGGAGCAGUCAGGCUGGCAGCGACGCACGCGUUGAUCUUACGGAGUUCCUGGCCACCCCGCCGCCCCAUUCAGGCCCGGAAGCGACCGACGUGGAGCAGCGCACGAACACAGUGACCAAUUCCUCCUACCCGCCCAGUAUCACCUUUUUCGACUUUGUCAAUAUGAAACAGCCCGCGAAUAUGCUCAAGCUGAGCAACAAGGAGUCCAUUACGCCCAUCGCGUUCACCACUGUUCUGUUCUUUCUCUGGGGCUUCGCUUACGGAUUGCUCGACAUGCUGAAUGAGCAAUUCAAGAAAAUCUUACACCUUGGUGUAUAUCGAUCGUACGGGUUGCACGCGACCUACUACGGUGGUUAUCUGUUGGGUCCACCGCUUGUGGGCCGUCCCGUGCUCAAACAUUGGGGCUUCAAGGCUUCAUUCAUAACGGGCCUCUGCAUCUACGCAUGCGGCUCCCUCAUCUUCUGGCCCUCCGCUGUGUUGACUUCUUAUUCAGCGUUCGCUGUGUCCAACUUCAUUGUCGGGUUCGGCUUAGCCGUGCUUGAGACAGCCGGCAACCCGUUUAUUGCUCUAUGCGGUCCGCUCGAAAACUCCGAGAUUCGUCUGAACAUCUCACAAGGUGUUCAGGCUGUUGGCAGUGUUGUUUCGCAGCUUCUUGCGAAAAAGGUUCUGUUUAAAAAGGUGACUGAUGUUUCCUCCUUGGUAGACGUUCAGUGGACCUACCUUGGCAUUGCUCUAUUCGACGUGAUCCUGGCUCUCGUCUUCUACUACCUGCCUGUCCCAGAAGCUUCCGAUGCUGAUCUGGAAGAGUUGGCCAACCGUCGGCGGUCUGACAACCGUGCUCGCGUGGCGGGGUUGCCGGUGGUUUGGGUCACUCUGGGUCUGGGUAUAUGGUCUGUGUUCAUGUAUGUCGCGGGCCAGGAAGUGUUGUCUAUGAGCUUCGUGCGUUUUGUUGAGGAAGUUCAUCCAAACGGUUCCUUGACUCCCUUCGAGUUCUUGACCAUUGGGCACACGGUCUUUGCAGUGGGGCGAUUUUUAGCCGCUCUUCUGCAAUGGUUUCUCAAGCCACGCUGGAUUCUGCUGUUGUCCUACAUUGGCAUGAUCGUGUGCGCUGCGCUGUGCAUGCAUACCACCGGCCUCACGGCGGUGACAAUGGCCGAGCUUGUAUAUCUGUUCGAAAGCGGUGCCUUCAGUAUCAGUUUUGCCAUCGCUUUGCGGGGCACGGGACGACAUACCAAGACAGCCGGCUGUCUGCUGACGAUGGCCAUCGGAGGGGGCGGUAUCUUCCCGUUUGCGCAGUACGCAGCGCAACUGGUAGGCGGCGUAUCCUACUCGUAUAGCGUUCUCGUGGCGGUUUCCGCCGCGGGUGCCAUAUUCCCAAUAUAUUUGAACCUCGUACCGGCGGCCAAGAAGCAGGUGGACCCGGUGCCCAACGAACACCUGCGACAUCCUCGCCGCCGUAGCCGCGGCGUGCCGCGUGCCAAGGACAAUCCGUCUGUGGGUGGAGUGCUGUCGCGACGGCGCAGUGUGCUCUUGGAUCCGCUACCGACCGUCCACCUGACGGAGUGA